AUGCAUUUAGUACCACUUAUUGCAUUUGCUAGCAUCUUCAUAAGAUGUUCAGGCCAAUUGAUCCUUGGAACUAUCGCGUUAAUCGAAUUAACUAUCGAAUUUAUGGAGUUCGAGGCCGUCGUCGCUACCGCUGAGAUUAGUAUUGAGGGGCCUAUUGUUGCUGCUACUGAAGAGGGAGUAGCAGAUGGAGUUAUACUCCAAACAGACAUGGACGUGGGAGGAUCGUACACUGUUAGAGCUGGACAUCCGGGGGCAGUGGGAAGUCGACAGGUUAGUGGUUCAUUGGACCUUGCGCCUCUUCGACGCACAGAUACAGUGGUCAAUGGACAGGUGAACCUUAAUUUAAGGAGUCUACGUGUGAACGACAACACAAUAACUCCUAGGGUUCAAGUAUCGGUCCCAUUCAAGUCUAGCAUAACGUUCGGACCUGGACAUGGACCUGGCUCGAGUGCCAGUGUUGGUUUCAGUAUGCAGGACGCCGUUGUUAACGGCGUAGGACGUUUUGGGAUUGGGCGAAACAGUGAUUUGGUCUGGAGAAUCAGCUCAUCCACAGGCAGGUUCCAUGCCUCAAGUUAG